AUGGCCUUCGAUCCCAUUCUUGAACCUGUACUCGAACGCAACGCCCAAUGGGCAGAGGAUGUCGAGAAGGCUGUACCAGGCUUCUUCACGGAGAGCGCAAAGGGCCAACACCCCAAGGUCCUCUGGAUCGGAUGUGCGGACUCGCGUGUCCCUGAAUCCGUGCUCACAGCAUCGAAACCGGGCGAAAUUUUUGUCCAUCGCAAUGUCGCCAAUCAGUUCCACCCCGAGGACGACAACGCGCAGGCGGUCCUCGCAUACGCGGUGAACGACGUCGGCGUCACGCACAUUGUCCUCACGGGCCACACGAACUGCGGGGGCGCCGCCGCGUGCCAUGCCGCGGCGAACGGACCCACGCCACCCGGCCCGCCGAAAACGCCCCUGGACCGCUGGCUCGCGCCGAUGAUUGCGCUCGCGAAGGGCCUGACGGCGGCGGAGCUGGUCGUGGAGAACGUGCGCGUGCAGGUGCAGAACCUCGCGAAGUCGGAGACGAUCACCGCCGCGUGGGCGAGCGGGAAGGACGUGCAGGUGCACGGCUGGAUUUACGAGCUGGAGAGCGGGCGGUUGCGCGACCUGGGCAUCACCAGGACGAAGAACCACCACUAA